UAAGAAAAGAAAGAAGAGAGGAGGGAUACAGAGCAGAGAGAAAGAGGAGAGAGAAGAAAGACUAACAUUAAAAAGAGUGAACAGACAAGGCAACAAAAGGACCAGCCAAGAAUCAGAGGAGGGAGGAUGCUGCCUCCUGACUUCUGAGGAGUUUGGACAUGACUGAGAUGCAGCAUCCAAGUGUCUCAGCCUGAGCAUCUUCAGUUUAUGUGUGUGCGUCUGAGAGUUUGUUCAUGUGUGUGAAGCCAUGGCGAGCGCUCAGCCGGGGGUCCAUGCAUUGAAACUCCAGCCUCCCUCAGUUUCUAACACACUAAGGAAUGGCAGCAACUUCAUUAAAUGGGACGAGGAUCUGUCGACUGUGACCCCAGUGACUCUGCAUGUGGACCAACAUGGAUUUUACCUCUACUGGACAGAUCAAAACAAGGAGACGGAGUUGUUGGACCUGACUCUGGUGAAAGAUGUCAGAACGGGAAGAAGCACCAAAACACCCAAGGAAGCCAAGUUGCGGGAGCUGCUUGAUGUAGGAAACCUUGUUGGAAGGCUUGAGAACCGUAUGGUUACCGUGGUUACAGCCUCAGAUAUAGUUAAUGUCAACCAGCUUAACUUCAUCGCCUCGCAGGAGGAUGAGGCAAAGGUGUGGUGUGAGGAACUGUUUUCUCUGUCUUCCAACCUGCUGAGCCACAAUCUAAACAGAGACCACAGUCUGUUGAAAGCUUAUGUCAAGUUAACUCUCCAGCCGAACGCAGAGGGGAGAAUUCCCGUCAAGAACAUUGUUCGACUGUUUUCAUCUGACAGAAAGAGAGUUGAAAAUGCACUGGAGAGCUGCAAACUGCCUUAUGGACGGGGUGACAGCAUCAAACUGGAGGACUUCACACUUGAAAUCUACAAGAGCUUUUUGGACAGUCUGUGUCCUCGUUCAGAGCUCAGCAGCAUCUUCAAACUGCAAGGUGGGGAUGGAGGGAAGAUGUCAGUCGAUCAAAUGACAGAGUUCAUCAAUAACAAACAAAGAGACCCGAGGCUCAACGAAAUCCUCUACCCACCUCUCCGUCCUGCACAAACAAGCGCUCUGAUGGAGAGGUUCCAGCAUGACCUGGACCAGCUGAAGCAAGGCUUCAUCUCUCUCCAGGGGUUCACCAGUUAUCUAUCCAGUGAUGAGAACGGAGUCAUCCCACCUGAGAAACUCGAUCAGUCUGAAGAUAUGAGCUUCCCCCUGUCUCAAUACUUCAUCAAUUCAUCACAUAACACAUACCUGACAGCCGGCCAGCUGGCAGGGAGCUCCUCAGUAGAGAUGUACCGACAGGUUCUUCUGGCCGGAUGCCGCUGUGUAGAACUGGAUGUUUGGAAAGGUCGGACAGCUGAGGAGGAACCUGUCAUCACACAUGGCUUCACCAUGACAUCAGAAAUCUCCUUUAAGGAAGUGAUUGAAGCAAUUGCAGAAUGCGCCUUCAAGACGUCACCUUUCCCUGUCAUACUCUCCUUUGAAAACCAUGUGGACUCUUUGAAGCAGCAGGCUAAGAUGGCUGAAUACUGCCGGUCUAUUUUUGGUGAUGCACUGCUGAUUGACCCUCUGGAGAAAUACCCUAUGGAGUCAGGCAUCCCUCUGCCCAGUCCUCAGGAGCUGAUGGGUAAAAUCCUCAUCAAGAACAAAAAAUCACACAAACCGUCCAACAACACAGACAGUAAAAGGCUGACCGACCAACCUGCCAAUCAGAGCAACGAACCACUGUCUCCUAGCAACAACACAGGAGAGAUGGAGGCUGAGAGUGAGGAAGAUGAUGAUGAUGACGAUGAUGAUGGUAAAAAGGGUUCAGCAGAGCGGGAGGCCGUGGCCACAGAGGAAAUGUCCACUCUGGUAAACUACAUCCAGCCGACCAAGUUCAACUCCUUCGAAGCCUCUAAGAAGGCCGCCCGCUGUUACCACAUGUCGUCUUUUGUGGAGACCAAAGCUUUGGAGCACCUCACAAAGUCACCAGUGGAGUUUGUAGAAUACAAUAAAUCCCAGUUAAGUCGUAUCUAUCCAAAAGGAACCAGAGUUGAUUCGUCCAACUUCAUGCCUCAGCUCUUCUGGAACGCGGGCUGUCAGCUGGUCGCUCUGAACUACCAGACUAUAGAUUUCUCUACACAGCUGAAUCUCUUCAUGUUCGAGUAUAACGGGCGGAGCGGCUACAGACUAAAGCCUGAGUUCAUGAGACGACAUGACAAACACUUCGACCCCUUCACAGAAAACACAGUGGAUGGCAUUGUAGCUAACACCCUCUCUGUGAAGGUGAUUUCAGGCCAGCUUCUAACUGAGCGGCGGGUGGGUGUGUAUGUGGAGAUAGAGAUGUAUGGACUUCCUGCAGACACCAGGAGAAAAGCACUAAAGACUAAAACCUCUCAGAACAACAACGCUGUCAACCCUGUGUGGGAUGAAGAGCCCAUAGUCUUUAAAAAGGUGAUUCUUCCCACUCUGGCCUCUCUGAGAAUUGCUGCUUUUGAGGAAUCAGGAAAGUUUAUAGGUCAUCGAAUUAUUCCAGUGUCUGCCAUAAGACCAGGUUACCGUUACAUCGGAUUAAGAAAUGAGAAGAACCAGUCUCUGAUUCUGCCUGCUGUGUUUGUCUACAUAGAGGUUAAAGAUUAUGUCCCAGAUACCUUUGCAGAUGUGAUGGAGGCUCUGUCCAACCCUAUCCGAUACGUCAACCUGCUGGAUCAGAGGUCCAAACAGCUGGCGGCUCUAACACUGGACGACGUAGAAGAGGAGACUCAGGCUGAGGAAGAAGCAGACACUACUACAGAGCGUAAGAAUGAUGUGAAAUCAGCUCCACUCGAGAAUGGACUCAGCCCUGCUCCUGGCCCUACAGGCCACACUCCCAUUGCCACGACGCCUAAGGUCUCUGCAGCCAAUCAGCAAGCAGCAACCACAGAAUCAACAAAACCAGCAGCAAAGACUGAAGAUCUGGUGUUGAGUGUUUUGAUCGAUGUCCCAUCAUGCACCUUGGAAAGUCUGCAGCAGUCCAAGGUUUACCAGAAAGAGCAGAGACGUCAGUUUAAAGAGCUGAAGGAGUUAGUGAGGAGGCACCAGAAGAAAACCUCAGAGCUCCUCAGAGAGAUCAACAACAAAUACAAGAAGACGGCCAGACAGUGCAGCAAGAGCAGGGGUUCAGACAGUGAGAAAGACGAGCAUCUGCAGCAACUAAGAGACGAGCAGCAGCAACAGCUUCUGGCUCUGAGGCAGGAGCAAUACUACAGUCAGAAAUAUCUACAGAGAGAGCACAUUAAAAUGCUGACAGAGCGGCUGAGCAGUCUGGCUGAAGAGAGUCACAACACACAGAUGAAGAAACUCAAAGACAUCUGCGAUAAGGAGAAAAAAGAGCUAAAGAAGCAGAUGGAUCGAAGAAGAACAGAGAAGAUCAACCAAGCGAAGACCAAAGAGAAACAUCUGGCUGAAGAGGAGAAGAUUGAGAUCAAUAAGUCCUACGUCAAUGAAGUCGUCCAGAACAUAAAGCGGCUGGAGGAAACUCAAGCAAAGCGCCAUGAUCAGCUGGUGGAGCAGCAGAAUGAGCUCCUGCAGCAGAUACAAGACCUGAAACCAAAGUUGCAAGGAGCAGUGGAGGCUGAUUUCAAUGAAAAGUUCCAGUGUUUGCCCGGAGAGAUUGAAGAAUUCCUGCAGGACAGGAAGGUUGAAGUUCGAGGAAACAGCAAAUCCCGCUCAUCAACACCGCAUGAAACCCUGUCUGAGGAGGACUGAGUGGAAAGGAAGUCGAAAAGGAGAGACUGGAUGGAAGCAGAGGAGAACACUCAAGGUCAAAAUAGAAGGAUGUAAUCUUAAGAAGGCACGCAAAGAUCUAAAGACUGUUACUUUUGUUUUUAAUGGAAGAAUGCUUUAAUGAUUUACUUUAAAAUUCCAUUCACGCAUGCACUUUGCUGUUUGUCAGCAGUCAGUCAGAACUCAUUUAGUCUUAUUUUCUGUUAUUUUUAAAGGACAAUUACACAACAAUCUGUACUGCAUGUAACUCUAUCCAUCUAUCUAUCUAUCUAUCUAUCUAUCUAUCUAUCUAUCUAUCUAUCUGAUCAUACAAUUGAAUGACAGUAUAUCUACAUCUGUCUGUAUUUUAUAAGCGCAUUUGGAAACUAUACAAAGACAAAUCUCAGCAAAUGUUUUGUUUUCUUAGUAGUCAGCCAUGCUGAUUGCUGACACAACUUAACUCAGUUUAACUCUAUUUAUACCACCAUUAUCAUAAGAACAUGCAGUCUACACAAGAAAGUCAAACCCUAAAAAUAUAACCAACAACAACAAAAACAGUUCAACAUAUGCAGUUUCACAUGCAGAUUAAAGCUCCUGUGAUGAAGUUUCAGUUUGUGUUGUUGUUUGGCGCCCCCUGUGGACAAAGUGGAAUUUGGUAUUUCCUACUCUGUAGAUUUGUAAGUUGUGUUCUGUUCUCCAAUUAAAAAAAAUCACCCCAUGCUUUCUUUUAACAGUCAAACAUAUCACCCAAGAAUAAUCUUUUCUGUGGUGUACGGCAGUGUUUCUCCUGUCAAGACACCCUUUAAACAUUUGAAAAUCUCAAGUCACCCCUGUCAAAAUGUACUGAUAAAAAAAAUAACAUUCUACAUUUCUAUGCCUGCUGAUGGAUUUGUGUAGAAAUAGAAUUAACAAGAUAAAUCUCUAAAUUAAUAUCCUGAAACAAUUAAAUUGUCAGGAUUUUCAGAGAAUGGUUAUGCAGGCCUUGAAACAAAGUGUGAUGCAUUUUAGCACACCUGCUACACUGGCAUAAGCCUAUUUAUAUUAGCUGACCCCAAUGCAGAUGUGAUUUCAGGAAAAGGGCAUAUGAGACCAUUUUUAGUGUUUAUGUUAGAAUUGUUAUAUGAUCUGCACAUUCAGAUUAAUUUUUGGUUGAUUUUGAAGCAUUUUCAAGGCACCUCUGAUAAUGCCAGAAUGCACUCCAGGGUGCAGAAAAAGGCUGGUACAUGUGAUUAAAAAAAAGAAAAAGAAAUGUUUUGUCAGCGUGAUCUGAUCAGAUUAGUGGCAGUGAUUUUACACUUUAACGAUAACUGAUACAGUCAGUGUUUGAGCUCAUGGCCCAUUUUGCUUUAAAAGGCCAUAAAGAAACAUUAGUGUUAUUUGCAGUAUGUUUCAUAACAAUCUUGGAAUUUCUCACAGGAGCUUUAAAAAUGUAUGUUCAGUUUCCUCUGUUUUACAGCAACAGGGCUUGUGUGGCUAAUAUCCCCCGGCAGUGAUAGCUUCACAUGACACCGGGGUACCUCAGCUGUAUCAUUAUAUUGCAAGUGCUCUCUUUUUCAUACUCACAUACUUGCAUACAUCAGCACUUGGGCUCCUUACAGUUUUCAAAAGGUCAGCGAGUUUAAGAACAGUGAACCUCCUUCUCUCUUUUUUUUCGUUUGCUCAAACAAAUCUUUCAAGGGUAAAACAAAAUAAUUGUAGGAAUUAUAAUGCAUACCGAAAGACGUGGCUACACACAAACAAGGGUAACAUGAACAUUAUACUUUUGAGGAGUUAGGUAAAUAUACAUUUUAUAUUCAUAAUUAAUGUCGCAUUAAUGCCUUUACUUUCAUUUUUCUAUUUAAUUGAAGGGCAUUUUUUAGCUGUUCUUGAACCAGGUUGAUCACGUAUGUAACAAAUAAGACAUGAGAGCAGUUAUGAGUGCCAUAUUUAUGAACAAAAUGUGACUAAAGGGGAUAAUGAAACAGGAUCAGUAUGAAUGGUCUGUAAAUUGUAUUUUACAAGAUUUACUCUUUAGUCUGACUCUGGACCAUUUAUGAGUCCUUAUAGUUUGAUUAUGCACUAAUGUAAUUAUUCAUUUAAUUGUUUAUUUAUUAAUAACCUUUGGAGAAAUUUUGAUUUCAGUUUUGUUAAAUUAUUAAAUUAAACACAAUAUAGCAUGACUGUUAGAUAUUUUUUGACAAAUGGGCUUUUACUUCACUCAUGUUUUAAAUGAAUUAAACAUAUAUGAAGGGAUGAUAACUUCUUGUAAAUGUAUCUGAUUUUGUUUAUUUAUAAAACAUGAGUUCUCUGAGUGGUUUCCGCAACAUCAAACUGGAUCCCUUGUUACUGCUGCACUAACGCUCUGACAGAUCAAUGUCCUGUUAGAUGUGGAGAAGCCUCAAAGUCUGCAUGAUUUAUUUGUUUUGAUGUGAAAGUUGUUUUAACACUGUAAUGAUCUAUUUAUUUGUUGAUUGUUAUUUUCAUGAUAAUGAUUAAGGAUCAAGGAUGAGAAUUAUUUAUAAAAUUGUUUAUGAGUGCAACAUUUUGUAAAAAAAAAAAAAAAUGUACAAUGACUCACCCUCAUCUCUCUUUGUACAGUGAUCUUCCAGAAAAUAUCUGUUGGAAUAUUUUCCAUGUUUUGCUUUCUUCUGGACUUGUUAAACUAAGGCUUAAGCUGUGUUCAACAACCUUUUUGCAGGGAACCGAUUGAGAUUGAACAAUCUCAGCCACGGCCUGUAACUGACCUCGAAAGGUAGCCUGUACUGCAAUUUCAAUGGCAAUAUUUUAGACUCAGCUGCUAACUCUGUUAACAAUAGAGUACCUCACUAUUCAGUCAACACUUAAGAUUCAAUUCUCUGCUUAGAUCAUGUUUUAGUCUGCAAAGUGGUUUAGGUUCUCCAACAAAAUGCUUUGUUGAACGCACCCUUGCUUUAGUGGCCAAACUGAGCAUGCUGUAUCGUCUUGGAUUUCUCUGCCAGGUGGUUUCUUGUUUUUUCUGAAUGCUAUUUUAAAUCAGACUAUU